ACAAAGAGACAAACCCCAUCCACCCUCAUUUUUUCACCUCUUUCUCUCUCCCUCCUCUCUCCCUCUCUAGAAACACAGCAGGAAGCAGAAGAAUCUGGUUGAAUUAAUGGGGACGAAUAUGAUGAAUAGUAACAACAUUGAUCAAAAUCACGACGGAUCAGAAGAACAACAACUAAAGCAACAACAGAGAUCGGAGAUCUACACAUACGAAGCACCAUGGCACAUCUACGCCAUGAACUGGUCCGUCCGUCGUGAUAAGAAAUACAGACUCGCCAUAGCUAGUCUACUAGAACAAUACCCUAACCGUGUGGAAAUUGUUCAACUCGACGAUUCAAAUGGUGAGAUUAGAUCCGAUCCUAAUCUCUCUUUUGAGCAUCCAUAUCCACCUACCAAAACCAUCUUCAUCCCCGACAAAGAAUGUCAGAAACCAGAUCUCUUAGCUACUUCUGGCGAUUUCCUCCGUAUCUGGCGUAUUAACUCCGAUGACGACACAGGCGACGUCAACGAAGAUGAAAACAGCACCAACCACCGCGGCGGGAGUGUUGAGCUCAAGUGCUUGUUGAAUGGGAAUAAGAACAGUGAGUUCUGUGGACCCUUGACUUCGUUCGACUGGAACGAAGCAGAGCCGAAACGGAUUGGUACAUCGAGUAUCGAUACUACGUGCACGAUUUGGGAUAUAGAGAGGGAGACGGUGGAUACGCAGUUGAUUGCUCAUGAUAAGGAGGUUUAUGAUAUCGCUUGGGGUGGUGUUGGUGUUUUUGCUUCGGUUUCAGCUGAUGGUUCUGUCAGGGUUUUUGAUUUACGCGAUAAAGAGCAUUCAACGAUUAUCUAUGAGAGCUCAGAACCUGAUACACCAUUGGUUAGGUUGGGAUGGAAUAAGCAGGAUCCUAGGUACAUGGCUACCAUUAUUAUGGAUAGUGCUAAGGUAGUGGUUCUUGAUAUCCGGUUUCCUACAUUGCCUGUGGUUGAGCUGCAGAGGCAUCAAGCUAGUGUGAAUGCUAUUGCAUGGGCACCACAUAGUUCUUGUCACAUAUGUACUGCUGGAGAUGAUUCUCAGGCAUUAAUUUGGGACCUGUCAUCAAUGGGGCAGCCGGUGGAAGGCGGCCUUGAUCCUAUCUUAGCAUAUACGGCUGGAGCUGAAAUUGAGCAGCUUCAAUGGUCUUCUUCACAGCCCGAUUGGGUUGCCAUUGCUUUUUCCACAAAGCUUCAGAUACUUAGGGUUUGACAUUUGAAAUUUUAGAUAUUAGAUGACAGUGAUUAACGCAUGCAUAUGAUGAAUUAGUAUAAUGAUUGUAGAAUUCUUAGAUCAUAAUCAUUAGUUUCACAAAACUACUUUAUAUAUGCUAGACGCCAAGUAUUAAUCACCAGUGACAAAAUAGUUCUAUGAGUAUGAUUGAUGUUAAGUGUGACAUUGGUUUAUUUGGUCUUCUUCUUAUGAUUGUUUUGUUGUUAUAAUGGAAAUUGUCUUUCGUUUCAUCAAACGUGAAUUUUGCUGUUGGGGUA